GGGAAGGAAUUUCCAGUAAUUGAAACUGAAACUGGUUGUGAGAGCAGAAGCCAGUGUAAGAAGCAGCACUGAUAUCUUCAGAGUGGAGAUGAGCUCUCAAAGGCCACGUAUUAUUCCCUGGCUCCUCGACCAGAUUAACAGUCAAAAGUAUCCUGGUCUCAAAUGGAUAAACACAGAACAAACACAGUUCCGAAUACCAUGGAAGCACGGCCUGAGGCAGGAUCGGUCAGAGGAUGAUGUGAAAAUAUUUGAGGCCUGGGCUAUUGUCAGCGGAAGUUAUGACCCUAACAUAGACGUACCAAACCCAGCUGUGUGGAAAAGAAAUGUCCGCUCUGCCCUGAAUCGAAAAACCGAAAUUCGUAUGAUUAGAGACAGAAGCUCAGACUCUACUGAUCCACAUAAAAUUUACGAGAUCAUCAGAGGAAAUAUUGCAGUUGCUUCUGAAGAUUUGUGCAGAAGUGACAGCGCCAGUCCAACUACUGACACAACCAACUGGAACAGCCCAGGAAGCCAGAUCACUGUGGACAGAAGUCUGGCACAAGGCAUGACGCAGAUGCAGAUCUCUUUUAAUGAUGAAGAUCUGUACCUUGCUGCUGAAGACUUGCAAAGCCCACUUGAAAUAUCAGAUCUAGACUGGUAUAAUAACAUGUUGUCUCCUGAUGGGUAUUUCGCUGGUGCUAGUGCCAGUCCAGUCUGCCAUAACAAUUCACCAUAUCCAGUUCAUGAAGAGCAGUCAGGACAAGCUCAGACCGUUCCAGUUGUGACGCAGGGAUCAUUGCAGCAAACCCUACUGAAUCAGUUCUUCCCAAACAAUACCUUUGAAACAGAAUUUGAUGUGAAGAUUUAUUACCGUGGAACUCUGGUGAAGAACACCUUGGUAAAGAACUCAAAUGGCAUACACCUCACUUCAAGAAAACAACCACAAUCCGAGAGUUAUUUAGAGGAUGUGAUACUGCCACCACCAACAGCAAUACAUGAUCAGAAAGUAGCUGCUGAAAUAUAUAAACUUCUAGAGAACCUGCAAUUGGGCACAGUGAUGGAAGUGCGAGAUGGGUCAAUUUGUGCUAAGAGGUUAGGCAAGUGCAGGAGCUUCUGGACAAUGACUGACACGCCAACCAUAUCUCAACCCAAUCCUAUAGACAAAAUGGAGUAUUGUGUUCUGUACAACUUUCAACAGUUUGUCAAAGAACUAAUUGAAUUUACAGAACACAAGAGGAAGGAAUCACCUCAGUAUUCCAUUUGGAUUUGCUUGGGAGAACUGUGGCCAGAUGAUAGACCAUGGAAAAAGAAGUUUAUUAUGGUGCAAAUCACACCAAAGUCAAUGCAAAUUCUUCAUGAGCUAAGCUAUAACACGGGAGCCUCAUCGCUACACAGCAGUGAGGUCAACCUGCAAAUCUCUGACUCUCUGUCUCUGAACAGUACAAGUGAUCUGCUGACAUUUCUUAAAGAGUUUGAGGAAAAAAUGGAGUGCUCUUAGAAAAUUCACAAAUCAAAAAAUUGUUUAGAAGUGUAGAAAUACAGUAUAUAUAGAUCUAUCAAGACUGGCAUUACCAUACAUUAAUCUUUAAUCCCUCUACCAGGGUUCUUAGAAUGCGCCCCACCACACUUCUCCAUGACGGCUGACGAUCCUUCAUUUGACUGCCCCUUGUUCCUCCAAUUUCCCACCAAUCCAUAGUGUUUAUAUUUAUAAUGCAUAUAGCUCAUUUCCAUUCAAUUCCUAUCCCCUCCACACAUAUGCAGUCCUUUGCCAGCCUCAUCUCACCUCUCAUGUCAUCUUUUUAUUAGCCUAAUGUAGAGCUGGAAGGACAUAAGUGAAACUGGAAUUUGCAGGAUUAUGCCAUAUAUUGUUUGUAGCCACUGCAGCACAAUUAGAUUUUAAGGCCGAGUGUGCUGACAACAUGUUUACCAUUUUCUGCAGCAUUUUUUGGUGUACUUAAAGAAACCUGUGUUUGGUAUGUCAAAAAACCAUCAACUAAACAUACACAAAUAAUGUAACAUGUGGUACUUUGUGCAUUAUAUUCUAAACGGGAUGUUAGACAAUUUCUUCUUUGUUUAAAGUUAUUAUUAUGUAAUUAUGCCAAUUUCUUUUUAUGUGGAGCUGCCACGGUUGUAAUGAACUUUAACAUAUAAA